CUACUGUAUGGGCGUUAGCGCUAGGGGAUCCCACACAAGCAGCAGGAGGCGGGGAGGGGCGGUCUCCCCGCUGCUCUUCUCUCAGGAUUGGCUACACUGAUUUUCUUCUUAGCGAAUCAAUGCAUAGCCCCACCUCUUCCUGCUCUCCGUCUCCUAGGGCCCGCCCCUUCCUGCUCUCCGUCUCCCAGGCCCCUCCCCAGCCAGGGACAGGCGGAUAUCGGGGCAGCCGCUCGGAGUCGCUGCGGGUUGUGCAUGGCGGGCCGGGAGUUGUACGGUACUGGGCCUGAGGGGGGCGCUAGUGCGGGGAUGGAGCAGGAAACCGAGACAAUUGGGAGCGCAGAGGAGAGCAGAUGCCGCUUCCUGGUCAGUCACUUCCACAGGGACCAAAUGGGAAUCUCCCAGGAACCCACUGACCCAGUGAUGGGGAACCAGGAUCCAGAUCUGCUGCAUCAGAGAAUCCUGAGUCUCACACUGGAGAUUAUCUACCUGCUGACUGGGGAGGGCUACACUGUUACAAAGAAGUCAGGUGAUGGCGCCCCCCCACAGACCUGCACUGACUGUAUGUUGGGAGGAGCCUGCAGGCACCAUGUGACCCCAACUGUGGGGGCCCUGCAUGCCCCUGGCUCCGCCCUACAGAAGGAAAAUGCCAAGAGAAUCCUGGAACUCAUCUCCAACAUCAUCCAGCUGCUGACUGGAGAGGUUGCCGUGCAGUGGAAGGAGGUUCCUGCCAGCGUUACAAUGGAGGACUGGGAGACAUUAAAGGCAAAGACGGCUGCAUACAGGGACACAAACAGAGAGAGUGACCAGCGGGCAGAUUGGGAAGAUCAGAGGGAAGUGAAAGAGCUGGAAGAAUGGACAUUGCACGGGACCAAUGGGUUCCCCAGGAGUGAGUCAGAGGCAGCAGAUUCCCCCCAAGGGCAAAAUCUCCCAAACAGCCCCCCAACUGCUCCACAGAGUCCCCCCCACUGCAUCUCUCAUGGGAUUAAACAGGAACAGGCUGUGUGGGAAGGAGGAGAAGGUUCUGAUCCAGUUGCUCAGCCGGUACAUGAUAUUAAACAGGAAGCAGAUUGUUUGGAAGGAGGAAGGAAAUCGGUGUGCAACGUUGUUACAGAACCAACACAGGGGGGACAAACCCGAGGCGCGGAAUCUAAGGGAAAUAAGAGUUUGGCUACUGGACUGGAAGCACCGACCUCUCCGGGGGUGACCCCCAAACUCAUUAUUAGCGACAGAGAUCUUGGGGGAUAUGAGAGCCCUCAGACAGGGGGGAAAACAUUCACUUGUUCUGAAUGUGGGAAAGGUUUCCCCCGCCGUGCCAAACUGAUAGAGCACUUCCGCAUUCACACCGGGGAGAAACCCUUUGCAUGUGACGAGUGUGGGAAGUGCUUCACGCGGCGAGCGAAACUCGUGGAACAUCAGAGAACUCACAUGGGGGAGAAACCAUUCACUUGCACCGAGUGCGGCAGGGGGUUCACUUGUCGCUCCAAGCUGAUUGUGCACCAUCGGACUCACACCGGGGAGAAACCAUUCUCUUGCUCCGAGUGUAAGAAAUCCUUUGCGUGCCACACGGAACUCUACAGACACUUCCGGAUCCACACAGGGGAGAGACCAUUCAGCUGCUCCGAAUGCGGGAAAAGCUUCCGGCUGAAGAGCAAUCUGAUCCAGCAUUCCAUUAUCCACACUGGGGAGAAACCAUUCACUUGCACCGAGUGCGGCAGGGGGUUUACUUGCCGCUCCAAGCUGAUUGUGCACUGCAGAACUCACACCGGGGAGAAACCAUUCUCUUGCUCUGAGUGCGGCAAAUCCUUUCCAUGCCACACGGAACUCUACAGACACUUCAGGAUCCACACAGGGGAGAAACCAUUCAGCUGCUCCGAGUGCGGGAAAAGCUUCCGGCUGAGAAGCAAUCUGAUCCAGCAUUCCAUUAUCCACACUGGGGAGAAACCAUUCACUUGCACGGAAUGUGGCAAGUGUUUCGCACAGCACUCGCACCUUAAGGUUCACUUCCAAACCCACACCAGGGAGAAACCACUAGCCUGCUCCGAAUGUGGCAAAUGCUUUGCACGACAGUCACACCUUAAGGUGCAUCGCAAGGUUCACCAAAGGCACAAUGAGGAGCAACCAACCCCACGAGAAGAACCAUUUUCCUGCUCUGAAUGUGGUCAGCGAUUUGGGUCAGAGAUCGACCUUAGAGAUCAUAUGACUACUCACCCUGAGGAGAAACCAUUCACUUGCUCUGAAUGUGGUCAGCGCUUUGGGUCAGAGAUUGGCCUUAGAGAUCACAUGACUACUCACGCUGGGGAGAAACCAUUCACUUGCUAUGAGUGUGGGAAGUGCUUUGGGCUCCAGAGCAACUUAAACAAACACCUGCUGCUCCACACCGGAGAGAAGCCAUUGGCUUGCAGUGAGUGCGGGGAGCGCUUUGGGUCUCGGAGCGAGCUGAAUAAACACUCCCUGCUGCACUCGGGGGCAGAACCAAUCACUUGCCUGCAGUGCGGCAAACACUUUAAAACCCAGCGGUACCUGCAGCGCCACUUUAUCACUCACAGCGGGAAGAAACCGUUUUCCUGCUCCGAAUGUGGGAAAUGCUUUGCCAUCCAGAACAGCCUGACCCGGCACUACCGGAUCCACACGGGGGAGAAACCCUACCCCUGCACGGAGUGCGGCAAAUCCUUCGGCUUCCAGAACAGUCUGAAGAGACACUUACGGCUCCAUGCCGAGAGAGACAAUAGGGUCCAGUUGCUCAUGGAAAGCGCCGGCUUGUGCUGAUUGACUGGAACAUGUUCGGCCCAACCUGCCCUGGGACUGUGUCUCGGCAUCUGAUGCACAGAGGGGCUCAUUCACCAUCAUAGGGAGAAGAUUUGCCGUAGCAGCCUAUCAGAUCUUUGCUUUCAUUUGAUUUGUGUGGGGCUUUCAGCCAGUACAGGAACCUGCUUGAUCAGAUCCAGAUCAGAUAUAUCCUUUGGGGGUUUGGCCCAGUAAGCCCCGACAGGAAGUUAACAGCCCAGAACUGGGGAGGGGGCGGGGCCUAUUUGCUUAGUUCCUUCCUUGCAGGGCAGGCUCAGGGGCACACCCAUAACUCUCCUUGCUCCGCCUCUCCCGAUGGCUUCCAUUUUGGGUAUGCUUUGAUGUUACAGCACCAGUACACUCUUUGGGACCAUUGAACCCCCCUCCAGUUCCAUCCCAGUAGCAUAUAUAUCUGUACAUGGCAUUACCCAGAGGGCACAACAGUGCCGGCGUAGGGCAAGGGGGGGCAGAGUUAUUCCUCACGUGUCCCUUAUACUCUCUGUGCCAGUAAUUGGGCUGAGAAGCUCGACUGGUGUUGAUACAUGUAUGAAUUACUGUAUAUAAUGUAUAAAUGGGCCAGUACCCUGCGCCUAGCUCCGCCCCUUCCCCAUCUUGAGCGUUUUCUCUGGGAUUGGGGUGCAUGAAAAUGCUCUCUCUUUGAUUCUCCUGCUAUUUAUAUAGCACCCACACAUUCCACAGUGCCCUACAUAGAUUAUACCUCAUUCCCAUCAGGUCCCUAUCCCAUUCCCAUCAGCCCCUGCCCCAGUGAGCUUACAAUCUAAGGUCCCUAUCCCAUUCCCAUCAGCCC